AUGUCACGCAUUCUGCCGUCGCUCCGUCGCUUCUCCACCUCCAGAAUGAACCUCGACAAAAUCAUCACAGCAAACCCCACGCACCAGUACAAACAGGCGACUCUGGACGUGCAGGACGUGAGUCCAGACCCCAUUGUGCAGUUCCAGAAAUGGUUCCAGCAGGCCAAGGACGCCGGCAUCCCCAUUCCCGAGGCAGUCAACUUCGCCACCGCGCAGCUGCCGUCCGGUCGGGUCAGCUCGCGAACUGUGCUCUUCAAGGAGCUCGAUCCACGUGGCCUCAUCAUCUACUCCAACUGGGGCACCAGCAAAAAGUCGCGCGACGUCAAGUCCAACCCUUGGGCCGCCAUCACAUUUUUCUGGAAGGAGUCUGAGCGCCAGGUCCGCAUUGAGGGCCACGUCGAGCUCCUGUCGCCGCAAGAGUCGCAGGAAUACUACUCGUCGCGACCGCGAGACUCGCAGAUUGGCGCCUGGGCGUCCCCUCAGUCCCAGGUGAUUGCCGACCGAUCUGUGCUCGACAAGAAGAUUGACGAAAUCACCAACAAGUUCAAGGACACGGAUAAAAUCCCCGUGCCGGACUUUUGGGGAGGCGCUCGCCUGGUGCCUCUGGAAUGGGAGUUCUGGCAGGGCCGAGAGAGCCGAGUGCAUGACCGGGUCGUUUACGUGAGAGAUAGCGAAAAGGACCAGUGGCGAAUCGAGAGAAUUGCUCCUUAG